UGUCAUGUCUCCAUCACGAAUUCGCGUCUCCUUACCGUGAUCGCUAACAAUCAGAUUUCCUCCUGUCUGUUUUGAUACUCCCUUUUUUUUUUAAACGAAAACAGCUAUAAAACAGUCUGCAAUUUCUUGCUUUUCUCUCGUGAAAUCCUGAACAUUCAAAGAAGUCCUUUACUCAUUAUGGUUACUGAAGAUCUUUGGUCUGCAGAAAAAUAUGUUAAAAAUGCGUCGUUUGUGCCUCAAAUGACAAGCUCCAUUGUCGAGAUGGCCAAGCUGAAGCCCACCGAUCGCGUCCUGGACAUUGGUUGUGGUGACGGCGUGUUGACUAAGAAGUUGUCUUCGCAAUGCGCUCAUGUCAUCGGCGUUGAUGCGAGCGACAACUUGCUCAAGGCGGCCAAAGCAAAGGCGCUUGAAGUCUAUCGCAUUCCUGGUCAAGACAUCUUGCAGGCAAAAACCGUCUUACCCGAUGCAAGCUUUGACGUAGUUUUCAGCAACGCGGCUUUUCACUGGAUCCUUCGGAAACCCGAAGAACGUGCAAUUGUUAUGCAAGGCGUUCAUCGUGUUUUGCGAAAGGGCGGCCGCUUUGUUGUUGAAGCGGGAGGUUUUGGAAAUGUUGCUGAAGCUAUGACCAGUAUAUACGCAUUUUACCUUUCUCGUGGUGUUCCUCGAGAGACGAUUGACGACUUGUGUCCGUUUUACUUUGGUUCUGAGCAUGGCUAUAUGAAACUCUUGGAAGAUGCUGGCUUCCAAGUUGAGUCGAUCGGUAUAUUUGAUCGCCCAACGCCUCUGGUUGAUGAUGUCCGUGGAUGGAUAGACACAUUUGCUUUCAACUUUUACUCGGCGUUUCCCGAGUGGAAGCAAGACUUGCUUGAUUUUGUUUAUCAAGCAAUGAAGUUCGUCUCCGAGAGGGAAGAUGGACGUUGGUUUGUUCAAUACAAACGUCUCCGUUUCUCUGCAUUGAAACCCUAAACUUAUGUAAUGAUCGUUUUGCUGUUGAGAGAGACACAGAUGUGUACUCCACGAAUUUGUUUAGUUUGUUUUCAUGUUAUUUAACGAUUUCUUUUUUAUUCUCAGUUCCAAAUUUGAAAGUAAUAACGAAGCAGUUGAACUGUAUAAGCGCAUGGAAUAAAGAAUUCUUAUUAGCGUAGAGGAACUU